AUGGUCUAUUCCUCAAGUUUACCUCCAUCACCAAACCUCAUUGCGGAAGACUCGCAUGAUGUUAUAACAGACAUUCAAGAUCUGGAUUUCAACUACUACCAAGAUGACACGACUCUAUUGGACGAAGGCAACAGUUGUAACAAUGAUAUUUUUUAUGAUGAUGAUCUUGAUCACCCUCACUCUCUGUCUCCACCAUCUCGCCCACAAUCCACCAGUCCCAAGUUCAUCGAAAAUGUUGAUAAUGCACCAAUGAAUCCCAGUGCCGACAACCCAGUCCCUCCCACGAUGAACCAUGCUGGCUCUGGUGCUGAUGAUGAGGAUCUGCUUCAAGAGCUUGCAGCAAUUGCUCACAUUAUUGGAUCUUCGACAGUCGCCGAGGCCACCAAUCAGAUUCAAGACGGCCUGGAUCUUAUUGAGCUUUGUGGUGCAUUACCGACAUUCCCCAUUCCUCGACGCUCGAUCAUCACCGUGAAGAAACACUUAGGACUCCAAAUGGAUGACUAUGUUUUGAGGAUCCCUAUAUGUGAUGUAUGCUACAAACGCUACUCUCUCGAUGACAUUCAGAAACUUGACACCCCUAUAUGCACGGUCUCUCGUUGCAAAGGGAAUGUGUAUCGUACCAAAUGUGAACAUACAGACCCUGCAACAGGUGAAGAUUGGUUCAAGCGUAUCCCUGUAAAGGUCCUCGUUUAUUGCCCCAUAAUCAAAGCAGUACAGCACUUCCUUCUGAGGUCAACAUUUGUCACCAAUCUAUGA